AUGGAACAGCCAGUCCUCAGAUUAACGUGCGUCCUGCUGCUUGUCUGUCUCCUGGAUACAAGGGUAGACUCCAAUGAAAUCCUGGGCCUGAAGCUCCCCAACAUUGACCCGAUCCUGAACGCCAACACGGUGUGUCUGACGCUGCCGGGUCUGACGCGGCGCCAGCUGGACGUGUGCAUGCGCAACCCAGACGUGACGGCCUCAGCGAUCCAGGGAAUCCAGAUCGCCAUCCACGAGUGCCAGCACCAGUUCCGAGGGCACCGCUGGAACUGCUCCAGUCUGGAAACUCGGAACAAAAUACCCUACGACAGCAUCGUCUUUAAAAGAGGCUUCAGAGAGAGCGCCUUCGCGUACGCCAUCGCAGCAGCAGGUGUGGUGCACGCCGUGGCAAACGCCUGCUCCAUGGGCAAGCUGAAGGCAUGCGGCUGCGAUGAGAAGCGCCGCGGGGACGAAGAAGCUUUUCGCAUCAAACUGCACCGCUUGCAGCUGGAGGCCAUCCACCGAGGGAAGGGGAUGGUGCACGGCGUCAUGGAGCACUUCCCCGCCGAGCUGCCGGGACCCCAGGACUCCUGGGAGUGGGGGGGCUGCAGCCCCGACGUGGAAUUCGGGGAGAAGUUCUCGCGUGACUUCCUGGAUGCUCGUGAGACCAACAAGGACAUCCAUGCCCGGAUGAGGCUGCACAAUAAUAGAGUUGGGAGACAGGUGGUGCUUGACCACAUGAGACGGAAAUGCAAGUGCCACGGCACGUCGGGCAGCUGCCAGCUAAAGACCUGCUGGCAAGUCACCCCGGAGUUCCGUGUGGUGGGCUCAAUCCUCAAAGAGCGCUUCCACGUCGCCACACUUAUCAAAGCGCACAACCGGAACACGGGGCAGCUCGACCACUCCCACCACAACAACCACCACAGCCACAACAACCAUCACAGCCACCACAACCACCACAACCACCACCAUCAUCAGAACAACCACCACAACCACCACCACCACACACACCGGCGGCGGCCCAGCGUCAACGAGCUGGUCUACUUUGAGAAGUCGCCGGACUUCUGCGAGCGGGACCUGGGCUCGGACUCGACCGGCACGCAGGGACGGAUCUGCAACAAGACCAGUCCCGGCAUGGACAACUGCGAGAGCCUGUGCUGCGGCAGGGGACACAACAUCCUGCAGCAGACGCGGAGCGAACGCUGCAACUGCAAGUUCCACUGGUGCUGCUACGUGGUCUGCGAGGAGUGCAGGAUAACAGAGUGGGUCAGUGUCUGCAAAUGA